AUGCUGCUGGACUUGUUGAAGGUUAUGUCAAACCCCCCAACAGAUUUAUAUUGGCGUCAUGUUAAUCUAACAUAUACCCAACUUACUGGAAUUCAAGACGGUUAUGGCCCAGAAAAACAAUUUUAUUUUUCAAGAGUUAGAUUUGCAAUUACUCCAAUUUUAAAAAUGCAAAUGGCCGGAGAGUUUUAUGAUUUGGAUAGAGUUUUUAAAAAACCUAAAACUAAUUAUUCUUCAAAUAGUCAUUGCUCUGGAUUUAUUAAAGUACUUGAAGGAAAUAAAGACAUGUCAUUGCCCGGGCAUACUCUUGCUUUUUCUGGUUAUCCAGCUGUUCUUGCAUCACAGGAUGAUUUUACAAUAACUAGUGCUGGAUUGCUUUCAAUGGAGACAACAAUAAUUCUCGGAAAUGAAUCUAUUUAUUCUAAUGUAAAACCAGAAGGUCAACUUCAUUGUUGGGUUAGGUCAUUUAUUGCUAAUUUAUUGGCAAAAACAUCAAAGGAUUGGAUGACUAUUUUUGGAUUUCACAAUUCUGGGACAUACAACAAUCAAUGGAUGGCAAUUCAGGUCCUUGACUAUAAAUUAUUUAAACCUGGAGAAGAAUUGCCUAAAAAUGAUUUGUUUUGGAUUCUUGAACAAAUACCUGGCACAACAGUAAGCAGAGAUAUGACUUGGUUUUUAAGGAAAUAUAAUUAUUGGCCAUCAUAUAAUAUUCCAUUUUUAAAGAAAAUUUCUGAUUUGGGUGGAUUUACUGAAAAAGCAAAUAUUAAUAAUUGGUGGCGUUGGGGUUAUUCACCUAGAGCUAAAAUAUUUCAAAGAGAUCAUAAUAAAGUUAAAGAUAUGGAAACAUUAAGGGAAUUAAUGAGAUAUAAUGAUUACAAACACGAUGAAUAUUCAAAAUGUAAAUGUGACCCACCAUACACAGCAGAUGGAGGUAUAUCUACAAGAAGUGAUCUAAAUCCAUUGAAUGGAACUUGGGAAUUACCAGAUAUGGGGUUUAAAAAUGAAGGAACUAUUGACUAUAAAGGAACUAAUUAUAAACUUUUUAAUAAAUUUCAAUUUGAAGUAAUUGGAGGUCCUAUUCAUGGAGGUCCAAGUAAUUUACCUCCUUUUAAUUGGAAAAAUUCAACAAUUGAUGCUUUACAUUAUGGCCAACCAACCAUUUGGAAAUUUAACAAUUUUACAAUUGAAUGGCAAACAGAACUUAAAUAA